ACAUGGCGUCGUGAAAAUAUUUUCUAAUGUUUUUGAUCAAUAAAAUAAAUAAAAGUAUUUAAAAAUAAGCGAAACUAAUUAAUAAUUAUAAAUUACUAGCCUAAUUUAAAUUAAUUAAUUACACUGGUAAUAAUAAUAAAUUUUUAAAAAAUGGCGGAUGAUCGUGAAGUAUUAAAAGAAAUUUGGAAGGGAAAAAUUCCUGUUUGUUUUCAAUUGAAUGGAGAAGAAGUUUGCGAACUAACGGCACCAGAUCCAUUUUAUUUAAUGGUCCCUAGAUUAAGUUAUUUUCCUCUCUGUACUGACAAGGUUAGGAAACAUUUUAUAAAAUAUAUACAGGAAGAUAAACAAGAUAAUGAAAUGUGGCUCGAAUUUAAUGGAACUCCAUUAAAAUGGCACUUUCCUAUCGGAGUUCUGUUGGAUAUUUAUUGUAAUGACAUCGAUCUGCCCUGGAAUAUUGUCGUACAUUUUGAUAAAUUUCCCGAGAAUGUUAUAAUGCAUUGCUCUAACAAAGAAGUAGUCGAGGCGUAUUUUUUAUCCUGCAUAAAAGAGGCCGAUGUCCUGAAGCACCGAGGGACCGUAGUGUCCUCGAUGCAAAAAAAGGACCACAACCAGCUGUGGCUGGGCCUCCUCAACGACAAGUUUGAGCAAUUCUGGGCCGUGAACCACCGGCUGAUGGAAACCUCCAACGAAGAAGGCUUCAAGUUCAUUCCCUUCCGCUGCUACACCUCCGAGGAGAAGUACAUCCAGAAGCUUGUCAAGCCCGUGAACGAAGAGGGCGCCCGCAAGACCCUCAGACAUCUUCUGGACGAAGUUUUCUCCGAGGACAAAAACUCACAGAAAUCUGUUCGCACUCACGGUAUUACUCCCCCUCUCGACACUCCCCUUCAGUGGCUAUCCGAGCAUAUGAGUUACCCGGAUAAUUUUCUACACCUCUGUCUCAUUACCUAGUUAAUUAUCCCCCCCCCCUUAUAAGUUAAUUAAUUAAUUAAUUAUUUAAAUCAAAAAUUGGAUCGACUCACAUUUUUAUGAAACUUUAAUUUAAAUUGUGAUUUAAAUAUAUUUUUAUUUUUAUACGCCUUUCGUUCCGUCUAUUUAUUUAAGGAUUUUAUUAUUAUUAUUAAUUUUUAUUAUUUUAAGAAUCACUUUAAGUUACACUUAAUUAUGUAUUUAAUGUGUAAAUAAUUACAGUAAUAAAUUAUGGCUUGAAAAAUAUUUAUCAUAAUAAAUUUGGGCUAAGUUUUUGGUAGAAAGUCAGUUGCGUAAUUUUUUAUUAUUAAUUUUAUUUAUUUAAUAGAAUUAUUUUAAGAAAGUUCAAGGGUACAUGUUUUUAUUUAUUAAACUAUCAGUCUUAUGACAAAAUAUAAUGAGGUAAAAAUUGUUUAAAAUGAAAUUUCCUCUGGAAAGAGUACCCACAAGCCCUACUUAAUUCCAAAAUUAAAAAUUAUUAUAAUAAUUACGUUUUUCAAUACCCGGGAUAUUUAUCUCGAAAACUAUUGGUCCGAGGAGGAAAAGUAAUAAGUCAAAAAUUGUGGCAAAUUGAAUUUCCUCUGGAAAGAGUACCCACAAGCCCUACUUAAUUCCAAAAUUAAAAAUUAUUAUAAUAAUUACGUUUUUCAAUACCCGGGAUAUUUAUCUCGAAAACUAUUGGUCCGAGGAGGAAAAGUAAUAAGUCAAAAAUUGUGGCAAAUUGAAUUUCCUCUGGAAAGAGUACCCACAAGCCCUACUUGAUUCCAAAAUUAAAAAUAAUUAUUGUAAUCAUUACGUUUUUUAAUACUCAGCAUAUCUAUUUUGAAAACUAUUAGUCUAAGGAGGAAAAGUAAAGAGCCAAAAAUUGUAGCAAAUUAAAUUUCCUCUGGAAAGAGUACCCACAAGCUUCAUUUAUUCAUAAUAUUUACUUUAAAAAAGUAGAAAAGUAGUUUUUGGUGUUGAAUAUACAUAUAUUAGGGUGCCCAUUAUUUCCCAAACCCAUUUUUAUUUACCGAACGCCCCCUGAAUCUUUGAAAAUUUCUUAAUUUAAGCUUAGUCAGAAUAGCUUCCUAGAACCGCAAAACCUCAAGAUCUGUUAGAAAUUAGAUUUUCGAAAAUCAGACCAAAACCAAUAAGCGGCGAGUUGUGGUUACGACAUUUAAUUUCUUGUUCGAUUGAAACUGAUAAUUUUUAAACAGCUUCCAAAAUAUCAAACUGCGAAGUAAACAACAACUAUUAUCGUCUAUUUCCUAAAAAAAUAUAAAAAUAAACUAAUUCCACAGGUAUUGCUCAAUAUAUUUAUUUAUUCCAUAAUUCAUAACCGAAAACAUCGCAACAAUCAAUUAUAGCAGUGCGUUGUUGAUUAAUUAUUUGGCUUGAACAUUCUCUGGAAGACUAGGCAGGAACGCAUCUGAAAUAUCUGCAUACCGCAUUGGUUAAGUCCCGACACUGAGAAUCCGAAACACAGACA